AUAUCAGGUUUGACGAAAAGCUGGAUUUUCAGGGAUGGGCUGGGGACGGAGGAGUUGGUGGGAAAUGCUAGAGCGGUCUGAGACGAGCGAGAUGAGAGGCAAGAUAAGCAGCACAUGCGAACAGUUUUAUCGCAGCUGAAAGUAUAUCUGGGGAUCAUGGACAUGGAAGGCCUUGCAGGCGCUAUGUGGUCACUCUGGAACAGCGUGUUUUUCUUCCUCCUCCCAUUACCCCGUCCCUUGUUCUUCCCCCGGCUUUUGUUUAUCUUUUUUGUUACCCCUCUGCUUUAUGUAGGUAGUUACCCCCUUUAUUCCCCCAUGUUUGGUAGAUUCACGGAGAGACAUGCCAUCUUCACAGAAAGAGGAAUGAAAAGCUCGGCACCGCCGGGACCUUUGCAGAUAGCAUGGGCUGGAGAUUACAAGGCCUUCUCUGACGAGAUUCCUCCUGUUCUCACAAUCAAAUGCCGCAUGCUUGUGCGUACUGUAGUGUAAAGGAGACCAUCCAUGGGAGAUGGUGCUCAGAGGUCAGGCAGGCAUCAGAUACCACAGGAUCUUCGGUUAGGGAGUGGCAGCGGAUGACAUUGUGGGCGGGCGGUGCACAUACAACGGGUUUGUAUAGGGCUUUUCCAUUUUCUCUCUUUCUCUGAUGAUGUGAUGAUGUACCUGAGGAAGUUGGAACAGACACCCCUUACACCAUAAAGUCUUGUCAGCAACUCAUCAUCUGUGAGGUCGUUGGGAAGAAUAAGCCGCAUGGCCUUGGCGGGGGUGGCCAAGGGAAAACGUGCUGACGCCUCGUUUCUUGGGGCUUUAUUAUUAUUUUCUCCGGCAGGAGCGAAAGGAUAUGGGAAGCAUCUUGCGGCAAUGGGAUGGAG